AUGGAGCAUAAGGGGAGGAGCAAUUGGUAUUUGGCAUCUAGGGAUGAGAAAUAUGGGAAGGGGAUUUGGAAGGUUGUUGUUUUACAAAGUUCGACCUUUCUUUUCAUUGAAGUUUGUUUGCGGAUUUUGGGGGGCUGCACGAGGGGUGGAGGCACUAAUGGGAAUGGAACUGCGCAGGGGGAUGAGAUGGGUGACAUAGUGGUGGUCGCGGAUCUUUGGAGUGAGAUAUGUUAUGGUGUGAGGGGAGAGAGAGAGACGAAAUUCUUUUGUGAGAUGAUACCGUGGAGUGGUUUGUAUAGUUGA